GUUCACGGGCUGUCGGUAAACACACCUUUUCUGUUUUAACAAUGCAACUGUGAUGCAUAAAGGCAUGCUGAGCACCGUGCAGCACACGUGACUGAACGGGAGGACCGGGGAGGAGCGUCGUGUCUCGUGGAACACCGAGUUCUGCAGCAGGGACGGGGAAACGGGAGCAUUGCACAAACAAGAGAAGAGUUGCUGUGGGAGCUUUGCAGAAAAAAAAGAAGAUGAGCACCAAGAGGAAGGCGGACAGUCACUGGAGGGGAGCGAACAGACCCCGCCUCAUGAAGUCUGGGGCCACCCGGGCUGAUUCAGAGAGAGACUCCGGAUUCUCAGAUGCAAGCUCGGAGCACAUGAGCACAAUGGACAACACAGACUCUGAGGAGUCACCACGCUCCGUUUUACACAAGGGACCGCAGACGUCUGGCUCGGGGCCCCAAUCCUCUCAGCUGGCUGUGGUGGGAGGCUCCUACUCAAGCCUCUCUCCCAUGAUCAUCAUGAACAACGUCCUCCUCAAGCAGCCUCGAGAUAAUUCUCCCGCUCUGAAGCCCUGGAGGUUUAGUCCCACGGUGGAGGUGGUUCAGCCUGUGGUCCAGCAGCCUCAGGUGGUCUUUCUUCAGCCUGUGGUCUCUCGUCAAGCUUCCCCUGCCUCCAAAGAGGCCUCCUCGAGACACAGACGCCCUAAGAAGUAUCUUCCAAUCCUGAAAUCCUACCCCAAGAUCGCUCCGCAUCCCGGAGACAGCUCUAGUUCCUCAGGGAGAGGAACUGGUUCCUCAUCUUCCUCCACCUCGUCUUCUUUUCACUCCUCCUCCUCCUCCUCCUCUUCUUCCAGAUCAGAGAGGGGUAGCAGUUUGACCUCCAACCACCGGGAACAUUGUCAGAGAGAGAAGCAGAAGAGAAAUCUGAGUGGUGGUGCUAGGAACUCCGGCUCAACCGCUCCCAGUGUCCCUGCUGCACCCAGAACCACAUCUCCUCUGUUCCAGAGCCGACUUUCUCCCCCAACAACAGAAACCAGUGCCGGCAGUAGUCCUGCCAGUGAGAGGUCUUCAUCUGUUGUCAGCCAGGUGGAGAUUUCCACCUCCCUGACCGUUACCCAAGCCACUGGCCCCGUUCCCCGGACGGUCACCCAGGAGACCAGCUCAUCGGGAGAAUGUGAACACAGUGACAGUGGUGAUGAUGCAAAGAGGAAGCGCUUCUGCAACACUUACAACAUCCUGAGCAAAUCUGGCCUGCUUGACAUCGCGCUGCGCACCAAGGAGCUGCACAGGCAGAACCGCCGCACCCAGAGCGACCUGGACCGGCUAAAAGAACACACAGACCUGUUCAUUCAGGGUCUGUGCAGCGGGGAGACCAGCAUCUGGGUUAAGCUGCAGGCCGACCUUCAGGAGGAAGACCGAGAGGCAGAGAGGGCUGCUCAGACCAGCUUAAAGGCAGAUUAGACCUAGACUAGUGCUGGGCAGUAAUCCUUUAGACCGAGAUUUGGAAAGGAAGGCCAUGUUAUGGGGGGGUUUGGAGUGUAUAGAGGCCGAUGGACCGACAGUAAUGUGCUUCGCAAUACGCGUCCACCCCCAGACUCUCUCACACACAGUCAGUGUUCUGUGGCCUACAUUUUGGCUGCCUUAGGGUCCUGACACAUCAAGCCAACCCCAAAGAAUUGGUGCAGAUAAAGACUUUUCAUAGCCCCACGUCUACUGUUAAAAGUUGCACUUGAACUCUUCGUUACGACCGUAGCCGGUGGACAGUCGACCGCCAACGCACACUUAUGUUGCGCACCUGAGUGAGAGGUGAUAUUUUAGUCAGCAGUCUGUAUUUGUGAUCCAAGAAACAUCAUGGAAAGGGAAACUAAAUAUGCUCCCAAGAAAUGUGUGAAAUGGCUCAGAGUUCAUAGUGCUCCGAUUAGGAAUUGAGAAUAUAAGAAAUUCCGUGGACAUUGUACACUCUGCUUUAAUAUACUCUGUUGUCAGCCAGUCAUCUUAAGCUUGUGGGGGGAAAAAAGGGGGAAAAACCCAGUGAAAUCACAGAUUUGCAAGGUCACUCAGUCCUCUCUAAUUGCUUCUGUCACUGAUUCAACAAGCUCGAUCUGCCAAACAGCCACAGAGAAGGUUGUCCGGUGCCAGAAGUGAAGGACACGCUGCAAAAACUGUGCGACGGUCGGCCACGUGCUUGGUGUGUUAGGGAUCUACGGUCAAACAAAGCCAGAACCACAGCGCACUAAUCUGCCAUGUUAAGCUUGACUCGAUCCUUCCUACUGACACGGCAUCACCGCACAGAAAUAUUUUGCUCAUCUGCAAUCGAGACCCUGAGAUAUUUGGAUCCAAAGCAUGAAGCUGUGAACAAACCCAAAACCUUUUUUUCUUACAACAGAAAGCACAAUACAGGCUCCGAAUCUGAAAGAUUGGAUUAAAACCCCCCCAAGACUCGAUAUGUAAACUUUUAACAGUGCAUGCAAAGGUGUUCUCAUCUAAAACUGACCAACAUCAGCACACUACUCAUUCUGACAACAGAACGUCUCACUACGUUGAUUGAAUUACGUUGUAUUUUCUGUUGUCUCAACAGUUUUGCAUCAUUCAUGGUCGUUCUCUAAGCUGUGUUCCACUCGUACUCACAUGUUGCUUAACAGACAUCCGUCAAAGUGUGAAUAUAAUAUGAAUAACUUUAUUCAGCAGUUACAAUAUCGAUGUAAAAAUUGAUGAUUAUGACAGGCUUAAGUAAAUGUUCUCAUGUCACAUAGAAUGUGUCCAAGAUUUUUUACCAGUCAGCGUCUUUAAAAAGACAAACGUGCCUAAAGUGUCUUUUUUUUUUUUUUUUUUUUUUAGUUCUUGCUGCAUUUUCAAACUUCAAGUGAAAGAUUUGGCACGUUACAGCGAUGCUUUCAAGUGUAGCAUUCCCAUCAUGUUGAUGGCAGCUGUUUAACAGUACAAACUGGCUGGAAGUGAAGUGCAUUUUCCAAUAAAUAUCCCAGUGUAAAGGGUGCUUCCUGUAGAUCGAUCGUAUUUAUCGGUAACUUCUUUGAGGUCUUUUUUUAUAUACUCGUGGAUGUAAGUUAAUGUGGCGGUGUUGUCUAACUUAAGUGCCGACUUUUUUUCUGUGUUGAAGUUCCUGUCUGUUUUUCUCCUGUAUGAAAUAUUCAUCUUGUGAACCUCUUUGAGUCCACGAAGAAAACCAUCACGUCAUUUUCUAUUCUAUUCUUUUAUUUGAAAAAGAAAGUCCACCAAUUACUUUGUCCAAAUUAGGAACAACAGCUUUGUAACUCCUAACAUGAACUUUUUUACAUGUUUACAAUUCAUGGCCUUAAUAUCCAAACCCGAUGCAUGACAUAGAACUUUGCGUUUGCACUUAAAUAAUCUUAGAGCAGUUCUGAAGCAAAUACUGACAGAUUUUAAACGGCAGCUACAGUAGCCCCCUUUUGGAAUCACUUGAAGUGCAUUGUGGGACAUCAUAAGCGGCACACUACCGGUGUAUACAUACUACUCUAUAGGACAGA